UCGAACCAUGGGCGACCCUCCUGCCCCUUCUCAGCGCGCAUCGCGUCUCCUCGCUGCACUCGACGGCGCGUUACAACCACCACCUCCUCUGACACAAGCCGCAGACCCCUUCAGGAACACAUUUGCUCCUCCUGCGCCUCAGAAUGCCUUUGACCUGCUCAAUGGCAACGGCCCCCCUAGAAGAGAGCGUGGAUACAUUGCAGGCAUUCGCGAAGGACGGGACGAGAGCGCGCACAACCGCAUGAUCCUCGACGCGACCGCCCUGCUCGGCUCGGGCGCGUCGCUCACCAACAGGCCGACUGCGACGAUUGCGGGUCCGUCUUCCCAGGCACAGGCGAUUCGGACCGGUGGUAUACACGAAGUCGCGGUCAAUCUCGUCGCCUCGGGAUUCAAUCUCAACUACGACAAGGAGACGCCGGUGCAGUGGUAUGAUAAAGGGGGGAACGAUCAGGCUGAGAAGUUGGCCGACUUUGUGUACAACUCGAUCGACAAGCUCAGCCAGGAGCGCUCCGUCAGAGAAGCCAUGGAGCGGCUGGGCCUAAUGGACAAGCGGGAUCUGAUGCCUGGCAUGGAAGUCCGCCUGCUCCCUCAUCAGGCCAUUGGCGUCAGCUGGAUGGUCGACCAAGAACUGAAAACACCGCAUAAAGGAGGUAUAUUAGGCGACGACAUGGGCCUCGGAAAGACCGUGCAGAUGAUAGCAACCAUGGCAUAUAACCUGCCUAAGGAAAGCUCGUCGGCAAAGGUCACUCUUAUCGUGGUUCCCGCAGCACUGCUCCAUCAGUGGAAGGAAGAACUCGAGACGAAGACAAACGACGUUUUCAGCGUGCACAUACACCACGGCAGGGAUAAGCUCCGUAGACUAGAUCAGAUUGACGAUUACGACGUGAUUAUUACGACGUAUCAGACACUCUCCAUGGACUUUUACCUACCAUCUGAAAUUGAGGAUGGAGACACGAUGCGGUACCUUGCGGAGAAUGGUGGCAUCCUCGCGCGCGUCAAGUGGUACCGUGUCGUUCUUGACGAAGCACAGUACAUCCGGAACAGACGCACCGCCUCGAGCCGCUCCGUCGCGCUCCUCCGCUCGACCUACCGCUGGCUGCUCUCCGGCACACCCGUCACGAACACGCUCGCCGACAUCUACGGCCUCCUCCGCUUCGGGCGCUUCCGCCCGUGGAACGACUGGGAGUCCUUCCACCAGUACAUCGCCAAGGUGCAGGAAGACGACCCGCCGCUCGCGGCGAUGCGCGCGCAGGAGAUCCUGAAGCCGCUGCUGAUGCGGCGCACGAAGAAGUCUGAGAUCGAGGGCGAGCCGAUUCUGCAGCUGCCCGAGAAGCAUAUCGAGUUGGUGUAUCUGGAUUUCUCGGAGGACGAGCGGGAGCUAUAUGACAAGUUCGAGUCGCGUUCGCGGGUUAGGAUUAGCCGGUUUAUCAGGAAUCGGACGUUGUUGAAGAACGCGUCAGCUGUGCUGGUGAUGAUCCUCCGACUCAGACAGCUGUGCUGCCACCCGACCCUUAUCCUGAGCCAAACAGAGCAAUACGCAGACCCGACGCUGCUCAUGUCCGACGACAAGGACAAGGAGCGCGGCAGGGCCCUCAAGGAGAUGGGCGUCGCGUGGGUCGAGAGCCAAAAGAAACGGUUCAUGCGCCGUGCGCUCGCGCAGGAGAUGGGCAUAUUUGAAGACGAGGCGGACACGGAGCCGCCGGCGUGCCCCGUGUGCAAAGACAUGUACGUGAACAACAGCAUGCGUGUUCUCUCGUGCAGCCACGAGCUCUGCAACGACUGCAUGAUGGAGCUGCGCCAGGCGCCCAUCGCGCACGACAACAUCUUCGGCUACGGCACCGAGCAGGAAAACGCGCGCGCGGAGCGCGAGUACGAGACAGCGGCCGCGAAGGGGUGGCGCCCGUGCCCGACGUGCAGGACGAUGGUCGACUUUGCCGCGAAGAAGACGUUCUUGGGGAGCGCGUUCGAGCCGGACGACGAUGUGCUUGCGGGCGAGGCGCGGAGGGUGAGGCGGGAGCGGGCGGUGGCGCGGGAGAGGAGGAGGAGGCCGGGGGCGGUGGUUGAGAUUAGUGAUGAGGAAGAGAAAGAUGGGGAGGAGGAGGAGGGUACGGAGGAAGAGGAAGAGGGGGAGAGUAGUGAGGAGGAGAGCAAGACGGUGAAAGGAAAGGCGAAGCCCAACGGAAAAGGAAAAGGAGAAGGAAAACGUACGUCCUCCGUCGAGUUCUCGUCAGACGACAACUCCGAUUCCGACUCGGGCACGAAGCGGGCCGCGAAGAAGACGAAGAGGAGCAGGGCGGACUCCCUGAGCGGGUCGAGCUCCUCCUCCUCCGAGGACGAUAUGCCGGACUUUUCGGUGCUCCGCGCGACGCAGAGCCAGAAGCAGAAAGAGAAAGAGAAGGCGAAGGCGGGCGGUGGUGCGGGGAAGGAGAGGAAGGACACGGGGAUGAUUGAUCUGACGAUGUCGGAUAGUCUUGAGGAGGAGGAGGAGGAGGAGGAGGAGGAGAGCGAUGCAGGACCCAAGACCAGAUCGAAGGCGACAGGCAAGGCCGCGGUUGCGCCUGCGACUAAGGGUAAAGGAAAGGCCAAAGGCAAGGGCAAGGUCGCAGCGAAGACCAAGAGCAAAGCCACUGCCAAAGGCAAGAAAGCGGCCACUGGCAAGAAAGCCGCCACCGGCAAGAAAGCGCCGGCCAAUAACAGAGACAGAGACGGGGACAGCGGCGCGGGCGCCAGCGCGGGCCCGUCCGACGCGCUCAUCGAGACGUGGCGCCGGGGCGACACGACACUCGAGCCGAGCACGAAGAUGGUGAAGCUGAUCGAGUUACUCGAGGAGUGGGAAGCAUUGGGGGACAAGGCGAUAUGUUAUUCGCAGUGGACAUCGAUGCUCGACCUCGUCGAGUCGCUCUUCACGCGGUACGGCCUGCGCAGCGUGCGGUACGACGGCUCGAUGGACCGCGCGGCGCGCGAGCGGGCGCUCGCGGCGUUCAAGCGCGGCGACGGGCCGCGCGUCGCGCUCAUCAGCACCAAGUGCGGCGGCGUCGGGCUGAACCUCGUCGCUGCGAACCGGAUCGUCAAUCUGGACCUGUCGUGGAACUACGCGGCGGAGGCGCAGGCGUACGACCGCGUGCACCGGCUCGGGCAGGACAAGGAGGUGUUCGUGAAGCGGCUUGUGGUCAGGAAUACGAUCGAGGACCGCAUGCUGCACCUGCAGGCUGUCAAGACCGACCUCGCGGACGCGGCGCUGGGCGAGGGCGGCGGUGUGCGGCUGCACAAGAUGAGCGUGCGGGAGAUUAAGAUGUUAUUCGGUAUGUCGAAGAAUAACGCGGACGGGCAGGGCCAGGGCCAGGGUGCGGGCGGAAGCCAGUCCUAAGAUCGCAGUGCCCCGUGAGGAUGCGGAGGAGAGGAGAUGAUGGAGAAACGACAUUACUUGGACGAGUGGGUUACUACUCAUUCCUUUAUACCUACCUUAUGCUCUCGCUUAUUGUACUACAGUACUUACCCACUCAUACUCACGAUUAUGC